GCAAAAUACCGAGUCAAUUGGCGCCUUUAAAAAAACUUGCUAUUGUUAAACAUAUGAUCGAUUGAUCAAAAUGAUUGGCCAAAAAUUGACAAAUUCUCCUUUUACCAAUGUCGCUUCAUCGAUGAAUAAUAUGACAAUCAAAGAAAAAAAGGUUCAAGUUUUUUAUGAAGAAUUUCAAAUUGAUCUUAAACAAGCAACAGAAAAUACGAUUAAUUCUGUAAAAUUUUGUCCAUUCGAUGGUGCAACAGAUAUAUUGGCCUGUUGUGUACGGGAACGAAUUUUUAUCUAUCAGAUUUCUUUGAGUUCAACAAAUAAUAAUGACAAUAAACAAGGUGAUGGCACCGAAUUCGAUUAUAAAUUCAUUUAUGAUUAUAUUUGUGGAUCGAAAUGUUCAUCGAUCGCUUUCGGACCGAGAACAAAUUUUUCGGCUCAAUCUCAACAAGGUUUCUUAAGCUUAGCAGUAGCUACUGAUGAUUUUUGCAUCCUACUUUUGAAUCAGUCAAUUCAAUAUGAUGACCAUCCGUCGACUAAUAAUGCUGAGCAGCAAUUUUUUACUGGUCACAUCAAUCAUAUCAACGACAUGGCAUUUGAACCGAUUUCUGGUGAACAAUUAGCAUCGACUGGCGAUGAUUGUACCUGUAUAAUUCGAUCAUUACGAGAACCAUCAGAUGGCAAAAACAUCACCAAGUUAAUGCUUUCAUCGCCUGGCGUUAGCAUUAAAUGGCAUAAUACCGAACCCAAUAAACUUUUAGUUGCCGAAAAGAAAGGAAUGAUUCGUUUUUAUGACACAAUAACACGUGUUGCUGUCAUGUCAUUCGAUUGUUAUCGAUAUCCAUUAACAUCGAGCGAUUGGUGUACAGAGAACAAUUUGUUCAUUGGUUGUACAUCCGAUCGUGAUCUAUUUUUCUGGGAUACUUCAUUGACCAGUUUACCAAUUAAAAUUUUAAAAACCGAUUUUGAAGGUUUAUCAGAGCUUUCGUUUUACAAUAGUAAAUUGAUUGCUUAUCGUGGACGUCCAUAUAGUUUUUUAACAGUUAAAAAUUUUAUUACGAAUCAGACAUAUAUUGAACGAAAUUUGAUCGCUGGUCGUGGUAUAAGCUGGAAUCGAUCGAUGCCAUUAUUAGCUGUUGGUGGACCUAAAUAUAUUCAUCUUUUUAAAUUUAAUGUUUUCUAAAAAGAAUUAUCGUUUUUUCUUACCAUUUAUUAUUGAAAAAUAAAAUCAUUUAAUUUGA